UGGCAGAGAGUGCCUCGCUCAUAGAUAGGCUCCCAAAACAUAGAGUGAGCUGACGUUGUUUCCGGCUUAAAUGAGUCCGAGAUUGGGAUAGAUCCUUGGGCUAACAGAGUUCAUGAUUGCCCCAGUGUCAUAAAUUGUGGAGACGUCGCGGAGGGUGCGGGAAGGCUGCGCACCAUGCGCUGUCAGUCCUGUCAAAACACGGAUGCGGCAAGCACGCGCAAGCUCGGUUUCCGAGGCGUGUCGACGAGCUGACUAUUAAAAUGCGCUCCAAUCCGCUCAGGCAAUUAGCGCGUCGCCUUAGAUAACAUUUCUGAACGCCGUAUGCCUCGUCACAUUCAGGAAAGAGUAGCUGGUUCCAGACCCGACUGGUGCCAGUAUUGGAAAGCGAAGAAAGACAUUGCAGCCGUCAAUCAUGGAAGAUCUGCACGAUCCAGCCAGUCGGGACCCGAGUGAAGCGGACAGUGGGUCUCUGUCCCUGAGCCUGGUGUCCCCACCGCCGCCUCUGCUGCACCCUGAAUUACAUCCAGCUCACAGGACCUCUAACUUUUUCAUCGAUGACAUACUCCGUCCUGACUUUGGCUGCAAGAAGGAUCCGGGAACAGGAACCAGGGAGCGGCCUAAUCACUCUGACAGGGGCGGGCAGGAUAGGCCCGCACCGCCCGGAACUCCAUGCCCAGAUUACACCGACAGCGUUUCCUCUUGCACGUCCUCUUCGGCCUCGUCACCAUCAAGCCACAGAGAGUCCAGAGAUGACAAAUCGAGAAUGCCAGACCAUGCUAGAGAAUCAGCGCAAGGCGCAGAGCUCGCUAGCGGAGAAGCUGCGGGCGGUAAGGACCCUCGCGCGCUUCUUUGGCCCGCCUGGGUUUACUGCACCAGAUAUUCAGACCGACCUUCAUCCGGCCCAAGGACCCGCAAACUGAAGAAAAAGAAGAGCCAGAUGGAGAAUAAGCGGCCCAGGACGGCGUUUACGGCUGAGCAGCUGCAGCGGCUGAAAGCGGAGUUCCAGAUGAACCGGUACAUCACAGAGCAGCAGCGGCAGACCCUCGCCCACGAGCUGAACCUCAACGAGUCGCAGAUCAAAAUCUGGUUUCAGAACAAACGCGCCAAGAUCAAAAAAGCCAGCGGUUACAAAAAUUCACUGGCGCUGCAUUUGAUGGCGCAGGGACUGUACAACCACUCCACCACCACCAUCCAAGGCGACAGUGACUAAAGGCCUGAGAGAGGCAUGAAGCUGGACUAACUCACAAACUGAACAGCAGGACUGCGUUUGCCCUCUUGAUUAAAAAAAAAGUGAGGAAACGCUGCACAUCGAUGUGUCUGAAAAGAAGUUUGAAAAACCCAUAUUAAAUAACCACUAAUUCGUAUUAUUGUCAAAUAUACCUGUAACACAUACUGUAGGGCCCACAUCUAUAUUUUUCGAUCAUGGGGCUAUGUCUAUCUGUGUGUUUUUAUGUCUAACGUUAUGUCAAUAUCAAUUACAUUUUUUAAAUUCCACCAGACUAUCAGAUUUGCAAAUAUCUCAGUCUCAUGCCAAAGAUUUUGCUAAUUUUAGCCUUCUACUUGAGAUAUGAACUGUUAUGUUCAAAUAAACACUUUUAUAUACGGGA